CCGGAACUUUACGCGAUAUCGCGGCACCCAGGCGCUUGGAAGGGCUGCGCUUUUGUCGUAUCUACGGUGCGCGAAGACUUGCAUUCAAGAAGGCUCCCCGAUGCCACCUCGGACCCGUCCACAGCUACCCCAAGUAGGUGAAGAUGGGCUCCCCACGUCUGUGGCGGACUGGAUCCAGGAGGCCGUCAGCGCGUUAGACCAGCUCCGCUGGCGCGUGGCCGAAGCGGACUACCAGAUGCGCAACCCCAACGCCAUCAUCGAUACACUACAAAGAAAGUACGAGAAGGACGUCGCGCCUUUAUUGGGUGACUCUCAGAAAAGGAGGAAGCCGCGGAUCCCGCCCAUGCAAGCACCACAGAUGUCUAGAAUGCGCACGUCUGCUGGAUUAACUUUAGAUAUCUUGGACGAGGCCGAGCGCGAGAGCGCCGCGGCGCGCGCUGCCUUCGACCGCGAGACGGCGAACAAGAGCGACUGCGUCCAUGCCUUGUCGAAACACGGUGCGCUGGCGCGGCUCAAGGAGGCGGCGCUGCUCAAGGAGGCGGCGCUGCUCUCCUGCUACUCGAAGGAGCCCUGGGCCGAGCUACAAAAGAAGAAACCGCUUAACCCCUUCUGCCCGGCUCUGGCAUCGGUGCCGCCAGGGCUCGUACAAAAAGUCCUGCAUUUCCUUCCACUGGACAAGGUUCACCAGGCGAAGCAGGUCUCGAAGCUCUACCGGUCCGCGGCGCACUCUGCGAUGACGCGCGGGCGGUGGAAGCCGGUCAGAUUGGUCGCCGAGCAUUUCAAGCGCCAUGCGAUGCCCCCCUCCCUCGCGCUCUGCCGGGCGGCCUGGGACGUGGACCCGAUCGAGACUCUGAGGCUUGCCCCCGUGGCCGCCCAGUUCCUCGCACUCGUCGAGCCGUCUCUCGACGGUUUGGAACGAAUUUUGAAGGUCUGCGAGCGCAAGCCAUCGGUCCGACUGGUAUGCUUUAUCAUUACCGACUGGGCGAAGCGCAUUGGUACCCCCAUCACUGGGCAGCGAGGGCAGCCCUACCGCGCUCUCGUUCUGCGCGGGCUCUCCCGGGCGUUGCGAACUUGGACUGACGCUACGGUGGCGGUGGAUUACUAUUUCAAGUGGUUGCAGAUUCUGGGGGAAACUCCCAAACUGGUCGAAUUUACCCGGAACUGGGAAGAUAGCAAAGCGUCGGCCUUCGCCACGGCCCUCGCUGCAGCCCGUGCCCGGCAGCGGCAGCGCGCGCACAAGUGCUGCAUCGAGUGCUCGCGGAGCGACCGCGAGUCCAAGGAGUGCCUGACGACGUUUCCGCGGGGCUCCAGCGUUAAGUGCGGGGUGUGCAAGAAGUUGAACCGCAAGUGCAGCUUCGUCUACAACUAGCGCGGCGCCAGUCGCACGGCGGACGUGACCAUCCGUUGCGAUGAUGAGCUACCAUUAUCAUAGCGCGGCCGCGACGCGUCGACGACGUCUCCCACUAUUAAUGCGACAACUUCUCUUGAGGCCUGGGCGGCCGGAGCAGCCCGUCGCGCGCGCGUUAAGAGAUGCACCGUCUGAUGCGGUCGCGAAGAUGCGCUACGCGCCGACCGUCAGGAUCCCCACGAGGUUCGCUCUUGACUAAGAUAAUAUUGUGAUUGUG